AUGGGCGCAUGUCAGAGCGCCGAAGAGAAACAAUUGACGCUGCACAGCAAAGCGAUCGACAAAGAAAUGAUGCAAUCACAUCUAUCACAACAGAAAGUCGUCAAAUUGUUGUUGUUAGGCGCUGGUGAAUGUGGCAAGAGUACAGUGCUCAAGCAGAUGAGAAUCCUUCACGAUCACGGUUUCACAGAGGAGGAAGCACUUCAACAGAAAGGAGUCGUCUACAACAACACCGUUCAAGCGAUGGCCACCGUUUUGCGCGCUCUCCCACAACUCAAUCUUCAGUUCACCGAUCCAGCCAGAGAAGCAGACGCGCGAACUGUGUUAGAUGUGCUGAAAGCCGGUCAAGAGUCUGAGCCAUUCUCUCCUGAAUUGGCGAAAGCUUUAAAAGCACUUUGGGGCGACAAAACGGUUCGCGAUGCGUGCCAUCGAGGAAACGAGUUUCAGCUCACGGAAAGCGCUCCAUAUUUCCUCGAUCAAUUGGAGCGAAUUUCGUUGCCCGAUUACAAGCCCACCGAGCAGGAUAUCUUGUUGAGUCGGAUAAAGACCACUGGGAUUGUGGAAGUGAAAUUUCAAAUGAAAAAUGUCGACUUCAGAGUCUUCGACGUGGGUGGUCAAAGAUCGGAGCGUAAAAAAUGGAUUCAUUGCUUUGAAGAUGUGAAUGCAAUCAUUUUCAUUGCGGCCAUUUCUGAAUACGAUCAAGUUUUAUUUGAAGAUGAGACAACGAACCGAAUGAUCGAAUCAAUGCGUUUAUUUGAGUCAAUUUGCAAUUCACGAUGGUUCAUCAACACCUCAAUGAUUCUCUUUUUAAAUAAAAAAGAUCUCUUUGCCGAAAAGAUCCCACGGUCGUCCAUCAAUGUCGCUUUUCCCGAAUAUAAAGGCGCUCAAAAUUACGACGAAGCUGUCGCUUACAUUGAGGAGAAAUUCGAGGCGUUGAACGCGAAUCCAGAGAAGACGAUCUACAUGCAUCAGACUUGUGCCACCGACACAAAUCAAGUGCAAAUGAUUCUGGAUUCCGUUAUCGACAUGAUCAUUCAAGCGAAUCUACAAGGUUGUGGCUUGUAU